GUCGACCAUUACUGGUCAGCUGUGAAGCUGCAAAGGAGAGGGGGGGGUUCGGAUAGAUGGUCAACAAGAGAUGAUCGUCAUGUCCUGACACUGAUGCGCUCGCAGCAGUAAAGGUUCUGGCAGUGUCGCGUGCUCAGUAAUGUUAUGCGUGGCUGCGUGUGCCGAGCCGGUGCGGGGAAUUUGCGUGAGGACGCUCCGGAGCGGCUGCGCACUGCAGACUGGGCCGGUGCACGGCGAGCUCCGAAAACCAACCUCAUAAGCCUGCCCUCUUCCUAUGCGCUUCCCCUGCAGCAUCCCACCGAUUGUUUGAUCGGCACUCGCUAGAUCAACAGACGUCAUGAUGAAGAAUCAGAGCUUGCUCUUUCUUCCUUUACGCUACUGAAACGUGAGUGAGCGAGGCCAUGCUAUGUCCAGAGCGUGGGGUGGUGGAGGAAUGGCUCUCAGAAUUCAAGACAUUACCUGAUGAUCUGAUCCCUGGUUAUACUUGCUGCCUGCGUCUGAAGAAGGGUCUUGUGCCUGCACUAUAUGCUGUCAUACAGGAGCAGCCUAGCAGUGAGCUUUUGGCUCCAGUGUGUCACCAGCUGUUUGAACUGUACCGGAGCACGGAGGUGGGACUACGCCGCUUCACGUUGCAGUUCCUACCGGAGCUGAUCUGGGUGUAUCUGCACCACACCGCCAGCAGGGAGCGUCACCGCAACGGCUGUGUAGAGGCUCUGUUGCUGGGAAUUUAUAACCUGGAGAUUGUAGACAGUAAGGGAAACAGCAAGCUUUUGUCCUUUACCAUACCUUCUCUUUCUAAACCUUCCAUAUACCAUGAGCCCUCCAGUCUGGGCUCCAUGGCUCUGACAGAGGGAGCACUCAGCCAGCAUGACCUGAUCAGAGUGGUAUACAGUGGCCUGCUGCCCCAGAGAGAGACGUUUACUUCUCAAAACAGGUUUGAGGUGCUGUCUUUCCUCAUGCUCUGCUACAACUCCGCUGUGGUCUACAUGCCGGCAUCGUCCCAUCAAUCAGUCUGCAGAAUGAGCUCGCGAUUGUGUGUAUGUGGCUACCCACGUCAGCAGCAGAAGUUGUGGAGAGAAUCGUGCAGUCGUGUGCGUCUGGAUCCGGAGUUCAUGGUGCAGAUGUUGACUGCGGUUUAUCAUGCCGUCUACAAUGGCCAAUGGGAACUCGGAGGAGAAGCUUUGGAAGACAUCUUGUAUAGAGCACAACUAGAGCUAUAUGCCAAGCCUUUACUAAUAGCAAAUGCUAUGAGAUGUUCCCUGCCACCUCGACCACCAGAGGGCACACGGAAUCUGCUGGAGGUUGAAGCCACGCCCACAAACAAGCGUGUCUCACAGACGGCCAUUACUGCUGCCUCCAUCCGCAGACUCCGCUGGAAACGAGAAGGCUGUUUUGAUUUCUCAACCUCGGCCGACUUCUAUUCCUCCAUUGCACCAAGUCAGUUCUCUCCCCUGAAAACUCCACCCAGCCCGGUGCCCUGUGGGUGGAUCAAGAGCACCAUCCGCCGAACUUUAAGAGGGGAAGCUGAUGGUGGGAGCUGCGGUGAGGAUUCAUUCGACCCAGAUGAGGGCUUUUCCUCCGGGGCCUCCAGCAGUAGCCAGCCCAGCAGUAUGAAGAGGGGCCGGGUCGCAGGAGUGCGUCUUUCCCGGGACCCAGCAGUGUGGCAGAGAGAGAGCACAUCAGCUGAAACCAGAGCUGCUUUAUGUACGCGCCAUCGACACCACCAAUCGCCUCCUCCAGCCAUCACACUCCGCACUGCAGAGAGCAGCAGAAGCCCCAGCCCCAGCAUGGCUAGGAGAUUCCUAGACCCCCAUUACCUUCCCCCAUUCGCUGGUCCACCAGCCAGAACUGCUAGCACAUCUUCCAGUAAAUCCCUGGACUGCACCGGUUUCAAUGGCUCAUCUGGGCCAACAGAUAGCCUGUCGUUUGGGAGCCUGAGUGCAGAUAGAGCUCACUGUUUGUCAGCUAUCAGCCUACAGGAAAUGCAAAUAAGGCGGGCAUCAAGAAGCCAGGAUCUGCUUUCACCUGGAAGUCCAUUUUCUUCUUCAAGCCCCCUGUCCAAACAGUCUCGAUCAUCCAGUUUUAAUAUGCAGAUAAUAUCACAAGUGUAGACAAAUCUGUGUGUCUCUCAGUCUUUCUUCGAGGAUGUGUGUGUGUGUGUGUGUGUGUGUUGUUGACUGAAAUACUGUGCAUGUGUCUGCGCAUGUCUUUGUAUGUGUUAAAUGGUUUCACAGUGAUCUGUGAGCGUAUGUAUGUAUGAGAGAGAAUGUGUGUGUGAGAGAGAGAGAGAGAGUUUGUGCAUGUUUGUGUACAUAUAGUGAAUAAUUUACAAUUACACCAUUAUGCACUGGCGGUUUUUGCAGAAGAAAUAAGGUUUUGCACUGUAUUUCCCCUUGUGGACAUACAAUCUAGAGGUGCAUAUAAUGUGCCACAUAUGUGAAGAGGAAUACAACUUCCAAAUCUUGCUGUAUCUUAACAAUAGUCUCAAGAACUGACAAUCACAUGGAUUAAAUGAUGAGUGGCCUGACAAUGCAUGAUCCAAAGAAUCAAAUGUGUGAGACUCCAGGAGGUAUUAAAGAAGCUGCUCGAAUUUCAUUGCUGUAAAUGGUUUGGACUGAGCCUGCUUGUGUUGUCUGUGCUACUGAUCCAUUCAACUGAAAUGUGCAGAGCCUCAAGGAAUCCAUGGAACAGCUGCAUUGUGUAAUGAAUGAUAUAGAUUAUAUUCUUUGAAGCAAGUUUAUAUCUCAAAAAAUGUGUACAUUUUAUGUAAAUGAAUAUAUAUUGUAUGAUAGGAAGAGUUAUAUGCUGUGACUAUCUCUAUAUUGCUUGUACAGAGUUAAAGAUUUAUCUGUUCAAUGGUGAAUAAAUACAUUGUGAUGAUGAAUGAUUUAAAAAAAUAAUAAUUUAUGAGAGAUAGAAACAUUAGAAUGGGGAAAAAAUGUGAUGCCGGUGACCAUGGCAUUGUUAUUAGUAUGGUGUUACUAAUAAAAUGGCAGCUGAGCAUAUCUGGUUAAAUAUGAAUAAAUAAGUCAGAUUCUGGGAUUAGUAGCAUGAGAUUUUAUUAUGUAUAAAAUUAUCUGGAAAUAUGAAAUACCUGCCAGUUAUAUAGGCAAUCGGUUCCUAUAUACAGCCUAUAGUCAGUCAUUAUUCUGGUUCAGAUUAGCUUAGAGGAUUUGGUUAAUUAAUACAAUGAGCCUUUUUUUCACUAUUGAGUUAUUGUAUAUGAAAACUUUAUAAUUGCUCAAGGGUACUCAAGAGUAUGUACACGCUGAAAUCGUUCAAAUUAUAAUCCAUAAAGACAUGGAGAACUUUAAAACCUCACCUAGAGUUAGACUCUGAGAAUUUUUCAUGUUUCUAUUCACUGUGGUGUUCUGGUAUAGUGAUUAAAUAAAAUGUUAGGAUGGAAAAAAAA